AUGGUUGUUGGGUCAGCGCAGCUCCUGUUGCGCCCUGUGCCUUCACUCGUUGCCAGGACACCCGGCUCUGGAUCCUAUUGGCAGCGACGCCUGUUCAACUUGGCAGGCUGUACGAAUAUCACGAUAUCAACUCACAAACCUAGAGAAAAGCGGUUCAUUUCGGCGACGCCGCUACGUCUUGAGUCUUCAGGUCAAGAUGACCCUAGGUUGAAGGAGGUUUUAGGCAGAACUAUCGCAGACGAGUUUGCCAAGUUGCGUUCCGACUAUGCUUCGCCCAAAUACCCCGUGGUGCUCGCCCACGGGCUGCUUGGCUUCUCGACUCUCGAGCUAGCAGGACAUUUGCUUCCGCCCAUUGAAUACUGGCACGGCGUCAGGAGCGCCCUGGAAGCGCGGGGCGUGACUGUCAUAACGCCCUCGGUGCCGCCCUCGGCAAGUAUCGCUGUGCGAGCCGCAAAGCUGGCGACGCAGAUCGCCAACUCGGUACCCAGCGGAACACCAGUCAACAUAGUCGCGCACUCCAUGGGAGGCCUUGACGCUAGGCUUCUCGCCUCACCCGCUUUUGCGGAUCAACUCUCCUCCGUGACCGCAGAACGCCUCAACGUGGCGUCGUUGGUGACCAUAUCGACGCCCCACCGCGGCAGCACCUACGCCGAGCAUGUCAUCAACUUGUUGGGCCCUCGACGGGUAGAGGGGGCCCGUCGUAUGCUUCGCACCACAAUGGGGUGGGACAAUACGGAAGCGUUUGAGCAGCUGACACCCAGGUAUAUGAAGGAGGUUUUCAAUCCCGCUACUCCAGACCACCCGGACACACGUUAUUUUUCAUAUGGUGCCAUGACGGAUGGGCGACCACGGCUUUUUAGCCCCUUUCGCGCGUCACACAAGAUCAUCCAAGCUGCUGAGGGUCCCAACGAUGGCCUCGUGUCUGUCGAAAGCAGUAAAUGGGGCACAUACGAAGGUACUGUGGUCGGCGUUUCACACCUAGCCUUGAUCAACUGGUGA